UGUCAUUUUAUUAUCGAAUUUCGAUAGGCCGGUCCAAUUUAUGAAUCAAUUGUUUAACCCGGAAAUUUGCAGACUUCGAAAGGCUCCAGCGACACGGCAACAGAUCAGCAGAUUCCCCCCCUGCAGUUAGUCACCGGGAUCAGAUAAGGAUAGGCGAGUAGCCGCAGUUAGCAGAAGCAGCGUAAACAGAAUGUGGAAGGCAAGCGCCGGUCACCAGAUUCAGGCCACCAGUGCCUCCGCCGCCGCCGCGGAGGACGACGACUGGGAGACGGAUCCGGACUUUGUGAACGAUGUCAGCGAGCAGGAGCAGCGCUGGGGGUCGAAGACCAUCGACGGCAGCGGCCGCACCGCCGGCACCAUCGACAUGGACAAGCUGCGCGAGGAGACGGAGCAGGCGGAUCUGGACAAGAAGAAGCAGCUGCUGAAGGAUCAGAACGCCGGCUACGGGUACGGCGGAAAGUUCGGCGUGGAGAAGGACCGCAUGGACAAGUCGGCCGUGGGCCAUGACUACCAGGGCAAGGUGGGCAAGCAUGCCUCGCAAAAGGACUACAGCGAUGGCUUCGGCGGCAAGUUCGGCGUGCAGGAGGAUCGCAAGGACAAGUCCGCCGUGGGCUGGGACCACGUCGAGAAGGUGGAGAAGCAUGCCUCCCAGAAGGACUACGCCACUGGCUUCGGCGGCAAGUUUGGCGUGCAGUCGGAUCGCGUGGAUAAGUCGGCCGUGGGCUGGGAUCACAUCGAAAAGGUGGAGAAGCACGAGUCCCAGAAGGAUUACUCCAAGGGCUUCGGCGGCAAGUUCGGUGUGCAGGAGGAUCGCAAGGACAAGUCCGCCGUGGGCUGGGAUCACAUUGAGGCACCGCAGAAGCAUGCCAGCCAGGUGGACCACAAGGUCAAGCCCGUGAUCGAGGGCGCCAAGCCCUCCAAUCUGCGUGCCAAGUUCGAGAACCUGGCCAAGAACUCCGAGGAGGAGUCGCGCAAGCGGGCAGAGGAGCAGAAGCGCCUGCGCGAGGCCAAGGACAAGCGGGAUCGCGAGGAGGCCGCCAAGAGGACUGUGGCUGAGAAUACGCCACGCACCUCAACCGAAACGCCACCGCCCAAGGGCAGCAGGGCGGCCAUCCAGACGGGACGAACGGGAGGCAUUGGCAAUGCGAUCAGUGCAUUUAACCAGAUGCAGUCGCCUGUAACGGAAACUCCUCCAGCGCGCAAGGAACCCAUCGUCAUUCCCAAGGCUCAGCCUGUUAAAGUAGAAGCAAAGGAAGAGCCAGCGGUUGCUGCUGCUCCUGCCUCUGUUGUUGUUGCCCCCGCUCCUGAGCCAGAGCCAGUUGCAGCUCCAGUGGCGAAGGUUGCAGCUCCGCCACCGGAUGUGGUGCCCCAGAUUGAGGUGGAAACUGUGGCGACGCCGCCCAGAAGUGAGCCGCCAUCUCCAGUGCACGAGCCCACGCCUCAAGCUCCAGUCCAAGUGCAACCUGAACCUCAAGCCGAACCUGAGCCAGUCGUUGAAGAGGAGCCACUGUAUCAAAACCAGGCAGAGAUUAAGGCCGCUUCGCCUUUGCCGCCCACGAAUGGAGCAGCUUCCGAGGCAGUCGCUUCGAGUGCUGCAGCCACCGCUUCCGAGGAGGCCAUUUACGCCAACUCCGACAAUUUGGCCGACUACUUGGAGGACACCGGUAUCCAUGCCAUUGCGUUGUACGACUACCAGGCGGCGGACGACGACGAGAUUUCCUUUGAUCCCGACGAUGUGAUCACCCACAUCGAGAAGAUCGACGACGGAUGGUGGCGGGGAUUGUGCAAGAAUCGCUACGGACUCUUCCCGGCCAACUAUGUGCAGGUUGUGGGGUAGAAUUCCUAAAUGCUUCCAAUUGAAAUUCACGAUAGAACAAAAUCAAAUUGUAUUUACAUACUAACGAAAACGAUAAUACUGAUGUUGGAUUAUAAACCUAUUCGCUACUAACCCAGCCCAUUACGCAUGUCCCCUCCCCCAAUUAUUGUUCCCCCUCUUGGCCCUCCAAAUUAUGUGCAACGAACCGCUAGAGAUUGAAAUUAUUAUUGUAAUUUGUUAUACUAGCAUUUGAACGAGGUAUUCCAUAUUUUAUAUAUCAUUUAUUGCAUUUUACAUUCUUUGUAUUUAACACGUACGUAUAUUUUUCAAAGAAAAUAUGCCAAGCUAUUUAUGUUUCAUCCAAGCAAUUUGUGGGCAAAAUUUACAUGCUGCUCAUUUCAUAUUUUAUACGUUGGUUAUGAAGUUAAAUGUGUCAAGUAACGAUUUUGCUCUUUUUAAAUUGUAUAAAGUCUACGAGAGUUUCCUGCGUCAGGUUAUCUAAUGUUAAAGACAGUCACAACAAAAAGUCUGCUCUUUUGAUAAAGAAAUACAUAAAUAAUAAAGUUAAUUAAUAACUAAUCAA